GACCAGGUAACCAGGGGGGAGAGAGACACGUAACGUAACCGUUUACUGCUCAGGGCUCACGAGUUUAGAGCUUGGAAUUCCAUUCCAUUACUUACUUGUCAGACGGAUAGUUCGUCGAGUCUAACCGCCUUCAUUGUCCUCCUAAGUUCAAACAAAUAAAGCGCAGGCAUAUUUUGUGUACACACACAUAAGGUUUUAAAAAGUUUUUGGUGAAGUGAUCCAUGGAUUUUGUGCCUCGUUUUGUUGACUGGGUCAAACUGUUGGGGUGGUCGAUGUGUAGGUACUCAGAGAUGUAAUACGAACGAUCAUUAAACUCUGUACCCUGUGGGUUUGCACCCCGCACCUGGCUCUUUGUCACUGGGGGAGCUUUCCUCAUUUCCUGAAAUGAAGUACAACACCAUCAGCGGUUCGAGCUUGUCUAGCGAUGGGAGGAAGUCGACUUUGACAAUUUAUGCCGAUUUGGACAUACAGGAUAAGAGCAAGGAUGCAAGCAUGGAAACAGAAGUGGCCAAACUGAAGGAGGAGCUUUUACAAGCGCAGACCGCCCUGGACAAACAGACCAGACGCUGCAGGCAACUGGUUGGCGAAUUCACCAGAAAACUUCAAGAGAAAGAAUCUCAAUACGAACACGAAAAAUCACUGAGGGAGGAUCAACUCGCCAAGCUGCUCAGAGCCCUUCUACUAGUAGAGGCCCGAUUGAGGCAAGAACAGAAGCUCAUUACCCAUCAAUUAAGGGAAAAAGAUUUCAUCAUACAGAAGCAGAGUAACGACCUGAAAAAGUUGUUGUCUGGACAGUACUGCAAGAGCUGCAGCCAAGUCUACAAUUCCAGCGCGAAUUUGGAGAGUUUGGACAGCAGUUCCGAGUACAUCAUAACUGAUUACCAAGAAUCCAACUUCGGUUCGUUGGAUAGCAGUAGCGAACUAUACGCCACUUUAUCGGAUAAGGAAUCGAGCUCUAACAAGAGUCACCUGUUGGACGAUUCUGGUUCUCUCGAAACCAACUCGUCGGAUUUGAACACAAAACGUAGAUACCAGAAGAAUCGAGGGAAAGAUUCCCUGGAAAGGAAGAUAAGGAAAUUCCCCCACAGAAAAAGCGUCGGAACAUAUUUCGAGGUACUGAAACUUCGUAACGACAAUACAAGCCCUUAUUCGAAUGAGGACAACACCAGCAAUGAUUACGACAAUUUCGAUUCUCUUCCACCUGAAAGUGUAGCAGAUCACAUGAGCGUGAUUUCCAGAGAUAGUGAAAGCUCUUAUCAGUACGAGCUAAUCGAGAAAAACGACAGUUCUUACAGCAACGACCAAGAUGUAGACUUACUAAACAACCUAUCCCUUUCCGAAAGUAACAUAACAGUAAUACACGCCCCUAAAAAAGCUGACAACGAGGAUAUCUCCACUCAAAAAACGACGGGGACAAACGAAAACCACAACGAAAAUAAACUGUCCGAGUCCAUCCAAGUCUUCGAUACUGAAGGAGAAUCCAACGACAAGUGGUACGUAAACGCAAGCGAUCAAGAGGACGAGCAACAGAAGAAUGUAUACAGGAACAACCCAGUCUUGGAAUGCGUCAACCAAAUCCUUCUUCAGAACAUCAAUGACAGCUUGAAUUCACCACCGAAAACCCCAAAUGUCGAGAGGAAAGCAACCAAAAAUAAGAGGGUGAAAUUCAGCGACGAAAGGAUAAUGAUAAGCGAGGACCAGACGUUGACUCAAGAAAACGUGUUGAGCAAUUAUUACGAAACUCCCGUACACAAGGUGCCCAAUUUCUACGAAACGCCCCAGAGCAUCUAUAGCAACGACUACGAGCAGAUUUUAAGCAGAUGCAGCGAAACGUUUUCAUCUACAUCGGACAUAACGCAAGAGCAAAAAGAGGAGAUUGCCAUUUCGGAAAACAACGAGAACGUUUUGAGGAAGAACAAAAUUUUGAGGGUACCUCCCGCCCUUCCACCAAAGCCUUCCAAUUUACUAUCCAAGUACAAAAUACAAAACAACGUGACAAAUCUGUUGAAUUCUAAAGGUAGUGAUACGAUAAGUCUGGAUUCAGAACCGGAUUAUUGUUCUAUAUCAGAACUAAACCUGCCAGAAAAUAGAGUCAUACCUAAGAAGAUUCAAGUGGUGGUUGAGAUAAAUCCAAGCGCUCCAAUCGAAACUGAAAAUCAGACUGAUUCACCUAAAGAAAAAUCUCAAAAGAACGAGUAUGAUCCCGUAGAAAACAACGAAAUGAUACUGAAGAAUAUAGAAAAAGUCACGAUACAAGUCGCUAAACAAACACCAAUCUGCAAUGACGAUUCCUACACCUCCCAAAAAUCACCCAGCAAACUGUGCCAAGAGAUACCAAAACUUCCGCAAGUCUCAGAAAUAAUAAUCCCAGAAGACAGCGACAAAGAGAAAGAAGACAGUAUGAUAACCCAAGAUAACUACGUCAAAAACAACUCUCAAAUGCUGAAGAUUAGAAAUACAACUCCAAAACGAAGGCCUAUAAGCAUGGGAUCCACAGUUUCCUCCCUCAUAAUGGGUUUCAACAACAGAGAGCUCAUGUACGAACUCAAUAACAAAAAACCCGUUUCUGUAAGUCCGCCGAAAAAAAUUUUCUCCAGCUUCGAAAACUUGCACUUGAAAAGCCCAACUUACAGUCCAAAGGCCGAAAUAGACAACAAAAGUCAGAAUGAUUACAAUCUCAUACAAAAUUUCGAAGAAUUCAAACUUGACGAUUGCGAAAUCGAAGAAUAUAUAGUGCCGGACUCUGAAAGUAACGAAAAUAACGAAAAUACAGAUGACAUUUCUUCGAUAGUCAAGUCGGAGGAGAAUAUGGGGUUGGUUAGAACUGUAGAAGGGAAGGGAAAAUCAGAUGAAGAUAUAUCCAUCCCCAGUUUGAACAGAAAAUCUUUAGAGUUGUUAAGGAAGCAUCUGCUAAUUCAAAAAGAUGAAAACGAAACGAAAGAUAACAAAUCAACAAAGAAAAAUAACGAACCUACAUAUGAACACUUCUUGGAGUGUACUGGACUGAGUUCGAAAUCUAUUUUAACACCUUCUAGAGUAGCAACAACCCACAAGACAGUCUUGAAACCGAGAGAUAUAAAAUUUAGAUCUAGAACCAAAACGUACAGUUUUUUUGAUACAGCUAGCUUAAGUAGUGGACCCGAACCUUUCGUUUAAGUUUUUCAUUUCGCAAAACGAAACUGCAUUAUGAAAACCUUAUCCUAAACGACGUAUAAUAACUAUUUUAUCCGUAUGUUCGUAGUCAGUAUUAUCAUUCAAUUUGAAAGUCAUGUACAGUAGAUAAGUUGUUUUAUGUAUGUUUCAUUUGUUCGUACUGAAGUCGUAUACUAAGAAGGAAGAUAAUGUUGAACUUCCAUAUAAUUUUUUAUUCCUAUAUAACUUAUUCACUCACAUUAAAUUUUUUUAACAGA